GAUUCUGGAUUAUAUCGGGACUCCGCACCGAUUCACACGUUCACCCGUUUUUUCACUGUUCGUAUCACGGUGUACGGUGUCUCGCAUUUUCGUUAGUUAAACCGGCACCGAGUUAAUCUUUCCCAGUAUAAAUAGUCAUCGCCAAAGAAACGAAAAAGCAAACUGGUCUCCCGUUCGUCCAGUGGAUCGGCCAGCUUCUUAUAUUAUACAUCCGCAAGUCGUGAAAAUAUCACUGCAUAUUGUGUAUUCGCGUGGGUAAAAUCGCCGAGGUUCCAUACAACGAGAAUCCGCCAAGUUGCGUGAAAAAGAGAAGAGCUUGGAACCACUCCGGACAGCUAACGUGACAAAGUUGGAAAGGACAGAAUGGCCGCCGUCGAGUAUUAUCAGAACGAGAAUAACGAGGAAGAGGAAACGACGCCGCCGACGACGAUGAUACCCGGUGGUGGAGGUGGUCUCGGUUCGAACGCGGUCGGCGGCGUUGGCCAACACCAGCAAGGUCAACAGGCGACCGCCGGUAUACCGGGACGUGAUGACGAACGAAAGCUUUUCGUUGGCGGCCUGUCGCGUCACACGACCGACAAGGAGCUCCGCGAUCAUUUCGGUAAGUUCGGCGAGAUUGAGAGCAUAUCUGUGAAGAUAGAUCCGUAUACCGGUGUAUCACGUGGCUUCGCAUUCAUGGUUUUCACCAAUCCCAAGACAAUUGACAAACUUCUUACAUCCGGUGAACACUACAUCAACAAGCGAAAGGUUGACCCUAAGCGGGUCAGCAAAAAAGCACAGCAUGGCAAGAUAUUUGUUGGUGGUCUUACCCCAGAAAUUACAGACGAUGACAUAAAGACUUAUUUCGGUCAAUACGGUACAAUCGUCGAACUUCAGGCACCUUUCGACAAGCUUAAGAACCAGCGCAAGGGUUUCUGCUUUGUGACAUUUGACUCGCGGGAAGUUGUUUAUAAAUUACUGAAAACACCCAAGCAGAUAAUUAAUGGAAAGGAGGUAGAUGUAAAAAAAGUCAAGGUCAACCCGGAAGCCAGCCGUCAAGGGUUUUGGGGUAAUCAGGGAUACGGCUAUUACGGGGGUGGUUAUGGUUACAUACCAGAAUACGCCAAUGGAUACCAGGGUGGAUAUGACGAUUCCUACGCCGCCUAUGACUACACUGGUUACGAGGGCUAUGAGAAUGCUGGGUAUUCGACACAGGCUAAGCCACGAGGCAACGGGCAGGGGCCGCGCCAGUUCCAGAGACACCAGCCUUAUUAGGCAUAAGAGGCAACGUGCGAGAAGUCAGCCGAACUGCGGGGCAAAGGCGACAUCAAAUGCCCUAUAAAUAUUAAUCGAUAUAAGAGUAUACUCUCGACAGUGAGCAGGGUUGGAUUGUUUUUUUCCAAAGAGACGGAUGCAAUGGUUCUAUUCUCCUUUAGGAGAACCUUGCCAACUUCUUUUUCAUCCCUCGCCACAUACCCAUCCUUGUUCCUAUGCAACGGACAGCGUCUACUUCUAUACCCGAUUGAUCCACCUAGAGGAACUAAUUAUCACCAAGUUCUUUUCAUUCACCUAAUUAUUAAAUUAGCCAGGCUGUACUAUCAAACAUAACGACCGUAAAUUCUGUGUAAAAGAGCACAGUGUAUAAUUUCUUAAGGUAUAAUUUGAUUCAAUUUGGAAAAAGAAACCAAGUGAGUUAAAAUCGUUUUCAAUCAACUAACACUAAAUCAAUGCCAUGGCAAAAGCGCAAGAACCACAUGUUGAUGUCACUUUGCUCGUGCCCUUGAAACUUUCCAUCUGAGAAUAUAAAACUACCUAUUGAAGGCCAAAUCAACCCCUCGAAAGCAUAGUUUUUAACUCGUCGAAUGAAUAAUAUUCACCGAAAAAUCAGUCAAGCACUGCAGGGUAACUUGUAUAAUUAGUUUACGUAACUUAGGUGCUACGGUGGAAAAUUGAAAUGUUUCGAAAGAAAUAUGUUUAUAUAUGAUAUCAAAAUUUAUGUAAAAA